UUCUCAUCCUCCUCCCUCCCACCAUCGGGCGUCGGCGGCCCAUAAAUAUUCUAGAGAGAGAAGGACGAAAGCUUUCUGUUCUCCAAUCGUUCUAGAGAGAGAAAAUGUGGCGAGGUUGCGUUGCUCGAGGGCUUCGCCUCUCAGCGAGGAAUCUAUCUUCGAUCGGGAGCGAGGGGAUCGGUCCCCAAUCCUCGCGCCGAUGCUUCUCCUCAGAUUCGGUUGGAGGGCGGUCGUCAUACACCAUUGUGGAUCAUACGUAUGAUGCUGUUGUUGUAGGAGCAGGUGGUGCAGGGCUUAGAGCAGCCAUUGGUCUCUCAGAACAUGGGUUUAAUACAGCUUGUAUCACAAAGCUCUUCCCUACUCGCUCUCAUACAGUUGCUGCUCAGGGUGGCAUAAAUGCUGCUUUGGGAAAUAUGACCGAGGAUGACUGGAGGUGGCAUAUGUAUGACACGGUAAAAGGAAGUGAUUGGCUAGGUGAUCAAGAUGCCAUUCAGUAUAUGUGCAGAGAGGCACCAAAAGCAGUUAUUGAACUUGAAAACUAUGGCUUGCCUUUCUCUCGAACAGACGAUGGUAAAAUCUAUCAGCGUGCAUUUGGAGGUCAAAGUUUGAACUUUGGAAAAGGUGGCCAGGCAUAUCGAUGUGCAUGUGCUGCUGAUCGAACUGGUCAUGCAUUGCUGCAUACACUCUAUGGUCAAGCUAUGAAGCACAACACUCAGUUCUUCGUGGAAUACUUUGCGCUAGAUCUUAUCAUGGAUAAAGAUGGUGUAUGCCAAGGGGUGAUUGCACUUAAUAUGGAGGAUGGAACCCUUCAUCGUUUCCGUGCUGCCUCAACUAUUUUGGCCACUGGGGGAUAUGGAAGAGCAUACUUUUCUGCAACCUCAGCUCAUACAUGCACUGGUGAUGGCAAUGCGAUGGUUGCACGAGCUGGACUGCCACUUCAGGAUCUUGAGUUUGUUCAGUUCCAUCCCACUGGUAUAUAUGGUGCUGGGUGCCUCAUUACUGAAGGGUCUCGUGGGGAAGGUGGUAUAUUAAGAAAUAGCGAAGGUGAACGGUUUAUGGAACGAUAUGCUCCUACUGCCAAGGAUCUUGCAUCACGAGAUGUUGUUUCAAGAUCAAUGACUAUGGAAAUAAGAGAAGGACGAGGUGUAGGACCAUUGAAGGAUCACAUUUAUCUGCACCUGAAUCAUUUGCCACCUGAAGUUCUUAAGGAGAGACUUCCUGGCAUAUCUGAAACUGCUGCCAUAUUUGCUGGUGUCGAUGUUACCAAGGAACCAAUACCAGUUCUACCAACAGUGCACUAUAAUAUGGGUGGUAUUCCUACAAACUACCAUGGGGAGGUAGUAGACAUAAAAGGUAAUGAUCCGGAUGCAGUUAUUCCUGGACUUAUGGCUGCAGGAGAAGCGGCAUGUGCAUCAGUUCAUGGUGCGAAUCGGCUUGGUGCAAAUUCUCUCCUUGACAUUGUCGUCUUUGGGAGAGCUUGUGCAAACAGAGUUGCAGAGAUCUGUAAGCCAGGACAAAGCCAGAAGCCUCUUGAGAAAGAUGCUGGUGAGAGGACCAUUGCUUGGCUGGACAAGUUAAGAAAUUGCAAUGGUUCACUCCCAACGUCAAAGAUUCGCCUUAACAUGCAACGGGUGAUGCAGAAUAAUGCUGCUGUUUUCCGGACUCAAGAUACAUUGGAGGAAGGAUGUAAUUUGAUUGACAAAGCAUGGGGGAGUUUUCAUGACGUGAAGAUCAGUGAUCGGAGUUUGAUAUGGAAUUCUGACUUGAUCGAGACUAUAGAGCUGGAAAAUCUUCUAAUAAAUGCUUGUAUAACUAUGCACUCUGCUGAAGCAAGAAAGGAGAGUAGAGGGGCCCAUGCUCGUGAAGAUUUUACAACAAGGGAUGAUGAAAAGUGGAUGAAGCACACAUUAGGGUACUGGGAGAAUGAGAAGGUCAGGCUAGCAUACAGGCCUGUGCAUAUGAACACCUUGGAUGAUGAAAUCGAAACAUUCCCUCCCAAAGCUCGUGUUUAUUGAGACAUUUUCUACUUGGUUGGAUCCAACAUGGGAAGACUUGUUGAUCGAAAGUUAUUGCAGUUUAAUAAGGAAGUAGGCAUAUGAAGAAAUAAUGUCACUUCAGAUGUGGGAAGUUCCUAGACAUGAUCAUGGUGAUUUUUUUCUUCAUAAGUGAAAAACUUCUUGCUUUUUUCUCGUCACUGUUUGCGAAUGAUGUACAUUUGUAGUCAUAAAUUUUGUUGGCUGUUCUGUUACACUUUGCGACCACAAGCAUGAGGAAAAGAAAUGUUGGUGCAUGUAGAGUGGCUUAAUUGUAUAAGAGAGUUCUCAAUUUAUCUAAACAUUCAUAGAUAUGCACCCGCUAACAAUAUUAUUCUUUCU